CAUUAUUUUUUGUAAUCAACUCCUGAUUAUGAGUGAUUAGACCUGAGUGAUUAUAGGUGAUUUGGUAAGAUAGGAACACCCUUAAUAUUUUACAUUGUAUUCUAGUUGCUUCUGCUUAGUCUUUCCAAUUAGUUCCAAAUAAUUAUUGAACAGAACUAUGAAUAAUGGUUGCUGUAUUUAAUAGUUUGAAAUCCAACGUGAUUAAUUCAGCCAACAAGGUUUUAAAGGAACAAGUCGUGGUGUCUGACAGAAGUUUAUUUACAGCUAUCUCUGAAUCAUUUUCAGCAAUCAAAAACUGAAGCAAGAUGAUGAAAGUGUUCAUGUUGGAUUCAAUAACAACAGCAUUGUGUUAACAUUUGAGCCCUUUCGCCUUGACUUUCUGGUUGACAAUGAAGUUGCUGUGUCUGUGAAUUCAAGAGGGCUGAUGAAUUUUGAACAAUAUAGGGAAAAACGGAAGAUACCCAUUAAGAAUGAAGAAGAUGAUGAUGAAGGUCAUCCUCCUGGGGAAAAUGAAGAAGCAAACUCAGAUGAACAGUCUGAAUCGGAGGAUAACAGUGAAAAGAAAGAGGAAGAAAGAAUAGAAGAAGAGCAAUGGGAGGAGAACUUUAAAGAACACCAUGAUUCCAGACCACGAGGUCCUUGCUCUGUUGGUUUGGAUAUUUCCUUCCCUGGUGUUGAACAUGUGUAUGGAAUCCCUGAACAUGCAGAUAGUUUAGCUCUCAAGAAUACAGUUGGUUCAGAGCCAUACCGCUUAUACAACCUAGAUGUGUUUGAGUAUGAGCUGGAAUCCAGAAUGGCACUUUAUGGUAGCAUUCCAGUCAUGAUAGCUCACAGUGCUGCACGUACGGUUGGUGUGUUUUGGAUGAAUGCGGCUGAAACAUGGGUGGACAUUUCCUCAUCUAGUGCAAGAAAGGGAAGUGAAGAAGUCCCCCAGGUUGACACCCACUGGAUCUCGGAGAGUGGCAUCAUCGACGUGUUUGUCAUGCUGGGUCCAAAGCCUCAUGAUGUGUUCCGCGAGUAUGCUUCCUUUACUGGGACAACCGCACUGCCACCUAUGUUUGGAAUUGCUUAUCAUCAGAGCCGAUGGAAUUACAAUGAUGAGGAUGAUGUAAAAAAUGUGGACAACGGUUUUGAUGAACACGACAUCCCAUAUGAUGUGUUGUGGUUGGACAUUGAACAUACUGAUGGCAAGAAGUAUAUGACUUGGGACAAGCUUAAAUUUCCCACUCCUGAUCAGAUGCAGAAAAACCUGGCAGCAAAAGGUCGAAAGAUGGUUACCAUUAUUGAUCCUCACAUCAAACGUGAAGGUGGAUAUCACAUUCACGAGGAAGCAACCAGACUGGGAUAUUACGUGAAGAACAAAGAUGGUGGUGAAUACGAGAAUUGGUGCUGGCCAGGCACAUCAUCUUGGAUCGAUUUCAUCAAUCCAGAGAUUCGCAAAUGGUGGGCUGGCAAGUUUGCUUUAAACGAAUAUCAGGGCUCAACGGAAACCCUGUUUACGUGGAAUGACAUGAAUGAGCCAUCCGUUUUCCAUGGCCCAGAAAUAACCAUGCACAAGGACGCGCUACACCACGGGGACUGGGAACACCGCGAUAUUCAUAAUGUCUACGGCUUCUACCAGCACAUGGCUACAGCGCAGGGCCAGAUUGACCGCUCCGGGGGUAGGGAGAGGCCGUUUGUUCUCUCACGAGCAUUUUUCGCGGGCACGCAGAGAAACGGUCCCAUCUGGACGGGUGAUAACACAGCGGACUGGGGACACCUGAAGGCAUCUCUUCCCAUGAUUCUCACGCUUAAUCUGGUUGGGCUACCGUUUUCUGGAGCUGAUGUUGGUGGAUUCUUCCUCAAUCCUGACUCGGAGUUGUUGGUCAGAUGGUAUCAGGCUGCUGCCUUCCUCCCAUUUUUUCGCGCUCAUGCUCAUUUGGACACCAAGCGUCGUGAACCCUGGCUGUACGAGGAAAAUCACAAGAACUUUAUUAGAGAGGCUGUACGUCUGUGAUACUCCAUGUUGCCCUAUUGGUACACGUUGUUUUAUCACGCUUCUGAGACAGGAACACCGAUAGUAAGGCCCUUGUGGGUGGAAUACCCACAAGAGAAAAAUACCUUUGCGAUGGAAGAUGAGUUUUUACUUGGAAGAAAUCUUCUCGUUAAACCAGUGACCACCCAGGGACAAAACUCCAUUGAUGUUUACCUCCCAGGCAAGGACGAGUUUUGGUACGACUUAUAUGAUUUCAAGAUCUACCGAGGAGAGAAUACAAUUUAUGUGCCCACCCCUCUCGAGAAGAUUCCCUUGUUUCAGCGUGGUGGAAGUAUCAUUGCAACCAAACAGAGAAUUCGUCGGUGCAGUGCUCUUAUGCACAAUGAUCCUUACACUUUGACGCUGGCCUUGAACCCCAAUGUAAGGACAGAUUUAUUUACCGUGUAUUUUAAGCAUGUUGCACAAGCACUUUGUCACUGAUAAACUAACAAACAAACCAACAAAUCGAGGUCUAUCAAUAGUCAAUCACAGUCUGCUAGAAGCUAUGUCUAAAUAAAAUAAUCAUUUAAAAUGCGGCUACAUUCAUCAACCAGGAUCACUUAAACAACGCUAAAUUUAGCUUAGGAGAAAGUAACAAAGAAGGUGGCAAUAAUGAGUCACAUGGGCACAGGGGUUGAGAUUGGUCCGAAGCUAGUGUAUUUUUCAACAAACACCAUCUUGUACCGCCUUGUCUUGCGUUUGAAAUUUGGUGAGUCAUGUGGCAAGAUUUCCGCACAACCUGGUAGCUAAUUAAAAAUAAUAACAAUAAUAAUAAUAAUAAUAAUAAUAAUAAUAAUA